AUGGUAAUGAUGAGGAUAUCUAGUAAGGUUUUUACGAGUGAAAUGCCACUACUCCAACAACUCACUUUAAUGGGCGUUUGCUUUAUGUUGUAUCAAAUCCCAGUGAGAUCUCAAACUCUUAAAGAAGCAGAAUUUUUCGCCAGUGCUGCUGCACCGUCGUCCAUAUGGAAACCGUCACUGAUCUUCUACGUUGUGCCUCUGUUCAUACUUGCAUUGGUGAUGAACAAAACGAUUUCGGGGAAUAUCCGUAUGAUCUACGAUCAGUAG